AUGGCGUCCUCCCUGCUUGAGGAGGACACUCACUAUGGCUCCAGUCCCCUGGCCAUGCUGACUGCAGCAUGCAGCAAAUUUGGUGGCUCCAGCCCUCUGCGGGACUCAACAACUCUGGGCAAAGCAGGCACGAAGAAGCCAUAUACUGUGGGCAGUGACCUUUCAGCUUCCAAAACCAUGGGGGAUGCCUAUCCAGCCCCCUUUUCAAGCACCAAUGGGCUCCUCUCACCUGCAGGCAGUCCUCCAGCACCCACCUCAGGCUACGCCAAUGACUACCCUCCCUUUUCCCAUUCAUUCCCUGGGCCCACAGGCACCCAGGACCCUGGGCUACUAGUGUCCAAAGGGCACAGCCCUUCUGACUGCCUGCCCAGUGUCUACACCUCCCUGGACAUGGCACAUCCCUACGGCUCCUGGUACAAGGCGGGCAUCCAUGCAGGCAUUUCACCAGGCCCAGGCAAUGCUCCUGCUCCUUGGUGGGACAUGCACCCUGGGGGCAACUGGCUAGGUGGUGGGCAGGGCCAGAGUGAUGGGCUUCAAGGAACACUGCCCACAGGCCCUGCUCAGCCUCCACUGAACCCUCAGUUGCCCACCUACCCUUCUGAUUUUGCACCCCUUAAUCCAGCCCCCUAUCCAGCUCCCCACCUCUUACAACCAGGGCCCCAACAUGUCCUGCCCCAAGAUGUCUAUAAGCCCAAGGCAGUGGGCAAUAGUGGGCAACUGGAGGGGAGUGGUGGAGCCAAACCCCCACGGGGUACAGGCGCAGGGGGCAGUGGUGGAUAUGGGGGCAGUGGGGCAGGGCGCUCCUCCUGUGACUGCCCCAAUUGCCAGGAGCUAGAGCGGCUGGGGGCAGCAGCGGCCGGGCUACGGAAGAAGCCCAUCCACAGCUGCCAUAUCCCAGGUUGUGGCAAGGUGUACGGCAAGGCCUCACACCUGAAGGCCCACUUGCGCUGGCACACGGGCGAGAGGCCCUUCGUCUGCAAUUGGCUCUUCUGUGGCAAGAGGUUCACCCGUUCAGAUGAGCUGGAGCGCCACGUGCGUACUCACACCCGGGAGAAGAAGUUCACCUGCCUGCUCUGCUCCAAGCGCUUCACCCGAAGUGACCACCUGAGCAAACACCAGCGUACCCAUGGCGAGCCAGGCCCGGGACCUCCUCCCAGUGGCCCCAAGGAACUGGGGGAGGGCCGAAGCGUGGGGGAAGAGGAGGCUAGUCAGACUCCACGACCUUCAGCCUCACCAGCACCACCAGAGAAAGCCCCUGGAGGCAGCCCUGAGCAAAGCAAUCUGCUGGAGAUCUGAGCUGAGCUGAGGGUCUUCAUCUCCAGGGCUGGUGGCCAACCCCUCUCGGUUGCGGUUGCGUGGACCACUGCUUGCCCAUCACUCCCAUUGCCCGAUGCAUGCUGUCCUUGAGGGCUCUCUCUCUGUUUCUCCCCUGGCUAUUCUGGGCCUGGGUAAGUUCUUGUUCGCUGCCUCAGCUCUGUGCUUCCCUCGGCCAUGAUCCUGGCUUUCUGCAAAUUCUCACCUCAUUCUGACCUUGUACCUGAUUCCUGCACUCUGGUUUCCUACGCUUUCCCUGACCCGUUCAGUUUCCUCUCCUUGGCUCCUGUUAGACCAGCUUGCUUUCCUUCCAUUUGGGUUCCCAACACUGUUUCUCUGUCUCACAAACUCCGUGAAAUGCAUUCUUCUGUUUUCCAAGAGUUUAUUUAUGGCUACCCCUCAACUUCCAGGCUCCAGUCUUUCUAAUGUCUUACCCCACUUCCUUCAGCUCUCCAGAGUUUUUUUCCCUUUUUACAAAGACAAU